AUGGCACGUCUGGUAGAAUUCUAUUAUGAUAUUGCAUGUCCAUUUUCCUACGUUGCAACGUAUUCAUUGCGUUCACUUCUUAGUAGAAGUGAUGUAAAGGUAAUUUGGAAGCCUGUUCAUUUUGGAAGCAUAGACCCCGGCACCGUUAUUGGAUCACCGAUAGUAGAUCGUCCUAGCUCGUCGAAGUCAAAUUGGAUCUAUCAAGAUUUACAGAUGAUGAUUAGCAGACUGCAAGUUCCCAUUAGGCGACAAGCGAAACAUUUAGAUCAAGGAGGAAGUGCACAGAGGCUGCUUGCUUCAAUAGAUGAUAAUAGUAACCGUCAAAAACUAUCGCUGGCUUUAUUUAGACACUAUUGGCAAAAUGGAGGAGAUAUUCAGAGCAUACAGAAUUUGAAAGAAGUAGCCCUCGAUGUGGGACUAUCCAUGGAUGUUAAUAAACAGAUUGAAAUCGGUGCUGAUAAUUUAAACAAUUUUAAUACUGAAUCAACCAAUAAAGGUGUCUACCGUCUACCAGGCUUCUUUGUUGACGGCAAACUUUAUCAUGGAAUGGAUCGAUUGCAUUUUGUAGAGAAGAUUCUUGGUAAUCCAUCGGCUAGAGAGUUAAGAUUAGCACUACCGAAUAAUGUAGCUACCGACCAUAAGGCUAAACUUACCUUCUACUUUGAUUUUGCCAGCCCAUGGAGUCACAUUGCUAAUACUUAUAUGUCCUCUUUCUUGAAAGAAUUACAUCCAGUAAAUGUUGAGGUUGAAUAUGUGCCAGUAAUUUUAGGCGCUAUUAUGCAAGCACUAGGCACUUCAAUUGUACUAGCCGGAAUUAUUGAAGAGGCCGGCUUAAAUUCGACAACACUUCUUAAGCAGGCACAAGAAGCGAGUGUGAAGUCACAGCUUAAAAAUAAUGUUAUGCGCGCAAUCAAAGCUGGAGUUUUUGGCGUGCCGAGCUUUCAAGUUAACUCAGGACCUACAAUCUUUGGUGCGGACAGAAUGAAUAUCGUUGCUGAUAUGAUUUGCGGUUGGGAAUACGUACCAGGAAAUAAUUCUAAACUAUAA